UCACAAGUCAGUCGCCUCGAACAGCUCAUGAUGGUUUUAAUUUUUAGCCUUCGGCAGUCUUUUCAAUGAAAAGCGAGGCAUGUUGUCCAAUAGAGUUUACUGCUCCUGUAGACUUAUUCCGAGAGAGUAACGACAACGUAAUUACGGUGUGGAAGAGAAGUUUCAAAAAUUGAAAUCACGACGAACAUAUUCCCAGUUUUCAGAUGAACAAAAUUCACAAUUAUUGGAGCCAGCAGCGGCCGAAUCGCGAAGGUCCUGAGGCUAGGAGAAAGUUAAAAUUGAAAAAGAUCGGCGAGGAAAUGGAGAAAAAACCUGCUCUGCAAAUCAUUGCAAAAAGAAACGCAAGAGAAAGACGCAGAGUCCAAGCCGUGAACGGAGCCUUCGCAAAGUUGAGGAAAACCAUUCCGGCUGACAGUCACAGGGGCAAGAGGAUAAGCAAGGUGAAAACUUUGAAAAUGGCCAUCUACUAUAUUAAAAUGCUGGAUCAAGUCUUACGAUACGAAGUCAGUUUGGAGCAGAACGAGCGCAUUUCUGUAUCGAAUCAAGUUGACCACCCAACGAUGACGUAAAUUUCUUGUCUUCUUCAUUCGACUGAAAAAUUUUCAUUUUCAUCGGUCAUGAAAAGGAGUGCUACACUUUAAGGAAAAAUGCGGCACAGUCAGAAAUAAGAGGCAUUUAACAUACAUUUUGCCUGAUAAAAUAAAUUCCAGAAUUUCUCCGAUGAAGAGGCUUGAUCAGAAGAAGCGAAAAAAGAUAAUACCAGUGGCUGCGUGCUUUCGAUACGUCGAUUGAUCUGCCAUUUAAACCUAUGGAAAAGGAUCGAUAAAGAGGGUGCUCGUAACGAACAUAAUAUUCGAUUCUUUAUCGUAGAUUCAAAU